CUCUCUACAGUCGGUGUAGUUUCGACCGUGAUGCUCCGCCGCUGCUGUUGGAAAUGCUUCGGAAGGUAACGGAUUCUGGCAGUAGCCGCUGACGAACACAACACAGUUCUACUGCUGGAGGUUUCUACAAACGCAAAAGUUCCCGGAUACGCUCUGCUGUGAGGUGGAGUGAGGAAUAAGUUGCCGUGGACUGCGUGGACGAGGAGCUCGUUCGCCGUUGAAGCUCACAAGUUUAGGUAGCUAAUGCUAAUGCUACGACGUUUGCUAAUGGUAUUAGCCCGAGUCGCUAGGUAAAUAAGACUGCCUUUCGGAGUUUCCUGUCGUGGUGGCCACGUCUUCACCAUGUGCUGUUAGAAGAUAUUCUACACAUCUAUUUUAUUACGUGUAACAGGAAGAGUCAUUCUUGGGAGAUGGGUGGCUUUUUGUUACGUUAUACACAAAGCUACAGUUCCGCACGCUAGCUAGUUGACGUUAGCUAACGUCGCCGAGCCGGCCAGCAACUUCCACAGUAGUUUCGUCAAGCUAACCACGGAAGUAUUGUCGCCCAGAAGCAAGCCGUGUUGCUGAAAUCAGGGAACCCGCAGCCAUGUUUGAGACGGAGACACAUAUAUCGUGCCUUUUCCCUGAGAUCCUGGCCAUUAUUUUCAGUUAUCUUGAUGUGAAAGACAAAGGAAGAGUAGCCCAAGUGUGCGCGGCCUGGAGGGACGCGUCCUACCACAAGUCUGUGUGGAGGGGGGUGGAAGCCAAGCUCCAUCUGCGGAGAGCAAACCCGUCUCUGUUCCCCAGUCUGCAGACCAGAGGCAUCAAGAAGGUUCAGAUCCUCAGCCUCAGGCGAAGUCUGAGCUACGUGAUUCAGGGGAUGCCGCACAUCGAAAGCCUUAACCUGUGUGGCUGUUUCAACCUCACAGACAACGGACUCGGACAUGCCUUUGUGCAGGACAUCCCAUCGCUGCGGGUGCUGAAUCUCAGCCUGUGUAAACAGAUCACAGACUCCAGUCUGGGCAGGAUUGCACAGUACCUGAAAAACCUGGAGGUGCUUGAACUCGGAGGCUGCAGCAACAUCACUAACACGGGCCUGUUGCUCAUCGCCUGGGGCUUACACCGACUCAAGAGCCUGAACCUGCGCAGCUGCAGGCAUGUGUCUGAUGUGGGCAUCGGGCACUUGUCCGGCAUGACCCGCAGUGCUGCGGAGGGCUGCCUGUCUCUGGAGAAGCUGACUCUGCAGGACUGUCAGAAGCUGACGGAUCUGUCCCUCAAACAUGUCGCAAAGGGCCUAAACAAACUCAAAGUGUUGAACCUUAGCUUCUGUGGAGGGAUAUCGGACGCUGGGAUGAUCCACCUGUCACACAUGACCCACCUGUGCAGCCUGAACCUGCGCUCCUGUGACAACAUCAGUGACACUGGGAUCAUGCACCUGGCCAUGGGCUCCCUGCGACUGUCUGGACUCGAUGUCUCCUUCUGUGAUAAGAUCGGGGACCAGAGCUUGGCUUACAUUGCUCAGGGCCUGUAUCAGCUCAAGUCCUUGUCUCUCUGUUCCUGCCACAUAAGUGAUGAUGGCAUCAACAGGAUGGUGCGCCAGAUGCACCAGCUCAAAACUCUCAACAUUGGACAGUGUGUGAGAAUCACAGACAAAGGGUUGGAGUUGAUAGCUGACCACCUGACGCAGCUGACAGGGAUCGAUCUGUACGGUUGUACUAAGAUCACAAAGAGGGGUCUGGAGAGGAUAACACAGCUCCCGUGCCUUAAAGUGUUGAACCUGGGACUGUGGCAGAUGACUGAAAGUGAGAGAAUGAGGUGAAAAGUUUGAGGAAAAACAUGUAGUUUGUUUUGUAUAGUGCUCAGUUUCUUAAUUUUACUUUCUAUACUGUGACUAAAACGGGGAGAGGGACUUAUCAAUCACUGGAAUAUUGUUCACCAAUGCUGCAGUAUCCACUUCUCCUCUGACCUUGGUUCAGUUUUUUGUGCUCUCUUUUAAAGGCGCACGUGUUUAAUGUCAGCCAGUGGACAGUUCUUACUUUCUAGCUACCUCACCCAUUAAACACAGGAGUGCCUACUAUUGCUUAAUACUAGAAUAGUUUGCGUAUUUUUGUGACUCGCGUACCAAUGGAGGUUUCGAUAUUCCAGAAAAACCUUGCAGAAUAUUAGGUAGGCAUUUUAAUUCUUAACAGAAAGGCUGGAGUGCCUUGGAUGGAAGUUUUAAUUAAUUUUGUUUUGGCUGAUUUUUACUUGCUUAACCAGUAUUUUUUUGUAUUGAAUGACUGUUGACAUAAUUGUACUUCAAAUUGAAGUGGGUGGAUCACUCCCUAUUUGUCCCUGUUUACGUAUGUAUAGUUGGCUAAGUUUGAUAUUCCUGAGGAAGAUAAGUAUGUAUCAGAUGUUCCUGUUUGCUUCUCUGUCAAAGGUUCAUCAGUGCGACUAUAAAAAAGGCGUAGUAAUUAACAUGCUGCCAAGGCUAUAUGCAAUACCUUUAACCGUUCAUCAGUGGCUUUUCCCUGAGGAGCUUCCAACAACAGCGUCAGAGUGUAUUUGUAUAAAAAAAAGCAGUAAUUUAAGAUUGUUUUAUAUUCAUACAGUAGUGAUAUUUAUGAAUAAAGAUGGCAAAUAUGUUUCAA